AUGCCCGGCCUCUUCCACUCUCUGAGCUAUCUGCGCUUGAAAUGCGAAGCUUGUGUCGUUCGGAGAUUUGCGAAUCGCGCGCAGCGUGAUGGAUACACUCCUGAGCUUCCAACUCAGAGGCAACUUAUCAAAAUACCUUCGCGCGAUACCGGUCGCCGGAUUCGCAUCUGGGUCUAUCCCCACCUCGACUGGAACCGCUCACCGAGGAGGCCAGUCAUGAUCAACUGGCAUGGUAGUGGGUUCGUUGCUGGAGGAUUCGGUCUCGACCACGUCUGGUGCACUGAAGCGACGUACGACCUUGGCAUGUGGGUGAUUGAUGCCGACUACAGAAAGGCGCCUGAAAAUCCAUUUCCAGCAGCUGUCCACGACGCCGAGGACGUGCUGAGAUGGGUUUCCACCCGGCCAGACCUCUUUGAUUUGGACCGUGUCGCCGUUUCGGGCUUCGCCUCUGGCGCAACCUUGGCUCUGGUGGCUGCUUCGACGCUGCGUCGGGCAGAUCAUGGACUCAACAUCAGGGUGCCAGUGGUCUUCUAUCCCAUCACCAACUCCGAUGUCGACCCUGUGCGGAAAAGGCCCCCUCAACGGGAACAUUCUGUACCUCUAUCUAUACGCAUCACACGCUUCUUCAAUGAAUGCUACGUGCCGAACCGAGACGACCGGCUUGAUCCGCGAGUCUCUCCGGAUCUUGGCGACCUGGAGUCGUUUCCCGACCAUGUAGUUUUCAUCACGGCGGAACACGACAUCUUUGCGCCCGAGGGGAUGGCUUUGGCCGACAACUUGCGCAACGGUCACCGAACAGUCAUCAGUUACAUGGUACAGGGGGCAAACCACGGUUUCGACAAGGACCGCCGCGGAGACGAUUUUGAAAGGCGGAGAGCCACUGCAUACUCGGUAGCCAGAGACCAUUUGGAUAAUGCUCUCCAAGCCGUCGCUCUCGGAUUUCCCCAGUUGGCUUUGAAUGCCCCCCCGGGAGAUGCUGAAAGACUGAGGGAUCUUCUUGUAUCGGGAUAUCGAGGGCCCAAUCGACAUCGUGUCCGACCGUGGUUUUUGGACUCUGCACCUCGACCUCGACCUCCAGCGAAUUAA